ACUUGAUCAGUUAUGCUUGUACCGCAUAUGAUAUUAAUACUUCUUGAUCUAGGAGCUUUAUAGCACAGGUUAUCAAUAUUAUCUUCAAACUAUCUUGACCUGGUAUGUAGGUACUUACCAGGUACCAAGGUAAGCAGGUAGGUGAUCCGAAUCAUCGUCUUUGUGCUCCGUUGACAAAGAAGCUAGGCUUCGUCCGGGUGAGCCGGAAACAACCGAGCACAUUCUCAACCAAAAUCUUUGUCUUACCCCUCAAGCAAACAUAUCAAGCAGGACUUCACUGCACGCAAUGUGGUCGCUUGUCGAAUGAAAUGAAAAAGCAUUCGAAAAGAUGAAUGAUGGAACAACAGCUACAGCACGAAACCACGAAAUGACCUCAGGUAACAUCACAGGAGGGGAAAAUAAUGUGAACAGCCAGGAAACUCUAGGAUGGAAUUCUUACCAGCAAUAUCCACCACCGGAGGCCUUGCCAGAAUACAUCAAUAGGGCUCUCCCACGACGGCCAAACUCAAGCUCGUCGUCGGUAUAUGACUCUCCCGAUGGAGAAACCCCUCGACAGCCAGCGCCCUUCUUCCAGGCCUCGACGAGUCAAUAUCAUGACGAUGACCCCAGUAGUCCUGGCCCUGCCGGCAUUUUAGACGAGGCGGGACUGGCUCUGGUCCAACCUCUUCAGCAGCAGCAGUCAAUUGCGGGAAUUUCACCAUCACAACCCCCCCUGCGGCAGGGGCGGCCGUCGGAGUCGGAGAUAGCUGCACCGCAGCCUAGGCAUCCUACCCACAUCAUUCUCGGCGGCUCCAGAGACAGCGGGGACUACGUGGUCAGUCCCGUCUCUGCCCCCCUCCCGGGAACCAACAACAACAAUAACAAUAUUCAGCCAUACGAGGUCUCGCCCAUCUCGCCCGGCGACUCCCAGCGCAGCCUCCACUCCGCCACCGUCUCGCCAUCUAUCCGCGACACCGGCUCCGUCGCAAGCCGACACUCGUCCCUCCUCCCCAUUACCACAGCCGGAGGCGCGAAUCUGAGCCAGCAGCCAGGACGGAUACACGUCCCGCUAUCGAUAUACGCGGAUAGCCAAUCCUCUAGGAGCCUACUCGCUGCAAGAGAUGGGGGUUUGCAUGGAUCCUCCGGGAGCCUGUAUGGGUCCCGGCAACAGGAGGAGAACCAAAUCCGCCACCACAGCGACCCCGGCAGCCCUAUCACCGGCGCCGUCAUAAGGCCCCCGACCUCAUUCCCCUCCGACCCGAAUCUCCGCUCCCCGACACGGCGGUCGACGAUGGUGCACAUGGAGCCGUUUCUGGUUUCCCCACUAGCGCAGCAGCCGCAAAUGCAAUUGCCAUUGAGGUCUGCGCGGCGGUCUCCGAAUUCGCGGGACAAGGGCAGUGAUGAUGAUGAUGCUUACGCGGAGCCGCGGCGGCGGAGCAGAUCGCCUUCGGCACCUAUAGCGGGUACUAGCACAAGCGGCGACACCAACAGCAUCGCUAGUAGCGGCGGCAGCGGCAUGCUCCUCCCCUUCAAAGUCUCCUUCGCCAGCAACGACAACAACCCGCAGCAGAGGAUCGAAGGGUUCUCAGCACGCCCGCGCACGGCGCCGGCGCCGCCACCCCUAAAGCUCAGCGAGAGGCCGCUCGCCGACACGUACGUCAAGACGCCGUUUCCGCUGUUGCUGACGUCGACUUUUUCGGAGGGCGAGGAUGAAGGGGGCAGGCAGGUUUUGAGGAAGAAGCAGAAGGAAGGGGAGGGAGGGAAGGGGAAGGGGAAGGAGAAGGGGAAGGAAGGGGAGAACCCGAGUAGGAGUAAUAGUGGGAAGAGUAAUAACAAGGAGGCGAAGAAGCGGAACCGUGUUUCGAGUCUCCCGGGCUUCGGGUUCGCGAGGUCGUUGUCGUUUAGGCAGAGGGGGUCUGAGGGUAUUGGUUCUGAUGCUGUGGGUAGUAGUAGUGGUUCUGGCGCUGCGGGUGGUAGUGGGAGUGCUGAUAUCGCCCCUACUACUACUACCACCGGUGCCAAGGAUAAGGAUAAGGGGAGCAGGAAGACAAGUCCUGUGCCUAGGGUCAGGAAAUUUCUGGCCAAGGCGAAAAGGUUGGGGUUGGGCCGUGGAUUGGGCAUUGGGACGACGGCGGAAGAGGCGAGGAAGGAGAGGCGGAGGGAGGAGAUUAAACGUCAGAUAAGGGUUGGGGAGCCGCAGUCGCGGUAAGGAAAAGACUAUGAUAUGAGCAAAAUGUCGUGAUGUUUGUAUGGAAGGGCAUUGACAAACUUGACUGGUACUGCGAUCGUUCAGAGAUU